AACGGUUCACUAGGUACAGUACUCGCAGAACUCGACGUCUUUAAAGUUUCUCUUUAUUAACAAAUGAACGUGCUUUGUGUAUUUAGGAACGGACAUAUCCUGUCCAUCAGACGGUCAAGCAAGUAGGCUUUAUGGUUUAAAGAUAACAAGGCGAAAUUGUUCUACGUGAGACCAUGCAUGGGAAUUGUUUCUUAACUUUCGCUCUAGGUCAGGCAUAUUGACCUUUGAAGAAUGCCUAAGCCAUAAAUUUAAAAUGAACUCCUCAUCAAAAGCUGAUCCAUUUGGAGACAAUAUGCAACUUGGACAAGCAGACUCUUUUCAGACUCCCAGCUUGAGAAACAUACCGCGUUCAGAGUAGAAAGACUUUCUGUCCGAGGAUUUGGAGAGGAACUUGUGGUUUUGUGCGAGCAAAGAGCAUUUCCUUACUGGAUCCGACGAGCAGAUAAAUACAGACAGAUCACAGACGAACGCUUAUGGUGCCAGUAAUUUUCAUGAAUUCAAAAUCAACACACCAGUAAUUUUUGGGAGCUGGGGAUAAAGUCUUUCUGUUUACAACCCAAAUGCUGAACAUGGAGGGCUUUCUGCGUAGCAGCUUUUUACUGAGCAGAAUUAUGUCUUCCAAGCAAGCCACCUCUCCGUUCACCUCGAGCCCUGACGAUGGAGAGGACGGAGUGAAUCAGGAGCAUAUGUCCUGGGAAAAGGAGGAGAACUCGGAGUUGCUGGCCGCUCCUCAGCUGCCCCUGCACAAUCUGCUCCACAACAAACCUCCCCCGGAGGAGCUCCAGCCAAUCAGCAGCAGCAUGCCGCCCGAAUCCGACUGGGACACCCUGAUGUCGGCCCAGCAGCGCAUGGAAUCGGACAGCAAUAAAGUAUGUUCCUUGUACUCCUUCCGGAAUAACUCUACCUCUCCACACAAGCCAGAGGAGGGGGCCAGGGAGCGCGGGGACCUGCUGAGCAGCUCAGCCUUCGGAACGCCAGAGCGUCGCAAAGGAAGCCUGGCCGAUGUUGUGGACACACUGAAGCAGAAGAAACUAGAGGAGAUGACGAAGACAGAACAAGACGGAGGAAACGGGAGUUUAAGGAGACAAAUCACAGCCAGGUCUCCUAAACAGAGCCGUGUUUGUGCCCUUUCUCAAACAACAGAAUCCUCUUGCAUGGAGAAACUCCUAUCUAAAGACUGGAAAGAGAAGAUGGAGCGACUAAACACAGGCGAACUGUUAGGAGAAAUCAAAGGAACUCCAGAAAGUCUUGCAGAAAAGGAACGACAGCUCUCCACCAUGAUCACCCAGCUCAUCAGUCUGAGAGAGCAGCUCUUGGCUGCACAUGAUGAGCAGAAGAAACUGGCCGCCUCACAAAUGGAGAAACAGCGGCAGCAAAUGGAGCUGGCGCGCCAACAGCAGGAGCAGAUCGCCAGACAACAGCAGCAACUUCUGCAGCAACAGCACAAAAUCAAUCUCCUCCAGCAGCAGAUCCAGCAGGUCCAGGGUCACAUGCCUCCACUCAUGAUCCCCAUUUUUCCACACGACCAGCGCACUCUGGCAGCAGCCGCCGCGGCCCAGCAGGGCUUCCUCUUCCCUCCAAGCAUGUCCUACAAGCCCGGUGAUAACUACCCAGUGCAGUUCAUUCCAUCCACAAUGGCAGCUGCUGCCGCGUCAGGACUCAACCCUCUCCAGCUCCAGCAACUCUACGCCGCCCAGCUGGCCAGCAUGCAGGUCUCUCCAGGAGCCAAGAUGCCCCCGCUGCCUCAACCCCCUAACUCUGGUGGGCCCAUCUCCCCCUCUGGCUUGAAGAAUGAGAAGAGAGCUUGCACCCCCCUCACUCAAAUAAAGGAGGAGGGAACACAGCCUCUUAACCUCUCCGCCCGACCCAAAACAGCUGAUCUGGUCAAAUCUCCCACUUCCCCAACACAAAGUCUCUUCCCAGGCAGCAAGAGCAGCCCGAACAGUAUGUCUAAGAGCGGAGGAAUCCCCAGCCCCAUCGGAGGAAUAAGUCGCGGCUCAUCUCUGGAUAUCCUGUCCAGCCUGAACUCAACAGCAUUGUUUGGAGAUCAGGACGCGGUGAUGAAGGCCAUCCAGGAGGCGAGGAAGAUGAGAGAGCAGAUACAGAGAGAGCAGCUGCUGCAUCAUCAGCAAGGAAUGGAUGCCAAGCUCUCUGCCCUCACCGGCAUGAGUCUGAACAACUGCAGGGUUGAUAAGGAGAGGUCUCAUUAUGAAACCUUUAGUCACUUGGGUAAACUAGGCGAGGAUGGAAAGAUCGGUCAUCACAGGGUCAUUGACCUCACCAGACCAGAGGAUUUUGAAGGAGGCGCCAGCUCUGCCGAGGCACGGGUCUACAGGGAACCCCGGGGACGGAACAACAACGAACCUCACAUCAAACGGCCCAUGAACGCAUUCAUGGUGUGGGCCAAAGACGAGCGCCGCAAAAUCCUCCAGGCCUUCCCAGACAUGCACAACUCCAACAUCAGCAAAAUCUUGGGGUCUCGCUGGAAGUCCAUGACAAACCAGGAGAAACAGCCGUUCUAUGAGGAACAGGCGCGCCUCAGCAAGAUUCACCUGGAGAAGUACCCCAACUACAAGUACAAGCCCCGGCCCAAGCGCACCUGCAUCAUCGACGGGAAGAAGCUGCGCAUCAGCGAGUACAAGCAGAUGAUGAGGUCGAGGAGACAGGAGAUGAGGCAGUUCUUCACUGUGGGGCAGCAGCCACAGACGCAGAUCCCCAUCACCACCAGUGCAGGUGUCGUCUAUCCUGGUGCCAUAACCAUGGCCACCACCACGCCCUCCCCUCACAUGACAUCAGACUGCUCCAGCGCUUCAGCCAGCCCCGACCCCACCAUCCCUGUCAUCCAGAGCACCUUCAACAUGAAGAUGGAACCCGGCACCAUGGUGCCCAACACCCCGGUGAACGGCGAGGACGAGAUGGACAUGUACGAGGACUUUGAGGACGAGCCCAAAUCGGACUACAGUAGUGAAAAUGAGACACAAGAGCCCGUCAUUGCCAACUGAAGCUCAGACACCCUGCGAAGAAUAUUCCUCUUUUAAAAGAGGGAAUACUGAAGUAGACGAAGAAAAAAUAACGAACAAAGACGUGGAAAAAAAUCUAGUUUCUGAUGAUAAACAGUACCUUUCGGGAGCCAGCAUGCAGAUGUGGCUCCCGUAGAUUUAACAGCUAUUGGUCUUAAGUGUUUCUCCAAGCGUGAAACAAUUGGAUUGUGUUUUAUUUGGGCUUUUUUAUUGUUAUUUUAUUGAUAUAUUUCUCGUGUUUUCAUCAUGGACGUUGAUCAAUUUAGGGUAUUUACUACAUGUUUUGAGAAACAGGACUUGACGAUUGAAACAUUUCAUACGAACGCAUAACUCACAGUCUUACUUAAAUUCACGUGGAUUUAAACAUGUAUUUGUUUAUCGUUUGAAGCGUACAUUACUGUUUUCGAUGGGGUUCUAUAUCUCACUCAGGUAUGCUGUACCAGCCAACAGCUUAUGAAUGUUUUUAAUCAGAACUAUGUCAAGUGAAAUAGACAACAAAGCUUCAUUUGACAUUUCAUAAUGCGACAAAACUGAAGAAGAACUGAAAACUCCCCAUUAUUAUUAUUAGUAUUAUUAUUAUUGUUGCUUUAUUAUUAUUAAUUUGAUUAUGAUUGUUCAUAUGUUUUAAAAGUCCAGAUGUGCCAAACAUAUCAUAAGCUUCCUGUUCGUAAUCUUAAAAAUUAAAAGUCUUAAGGGAGAGACCGCACGAGUCUUAGACAAUUCUCGCAAUGCUGUCCUAGAACGUAAAAAGCCCACGAUUCUUCUCUUCUCUAUUGACUCGAAUGCUCAGGAACUAAGAGUGUCAUACUUCUCCGGGAGGUUGAAUGCAGUGAUCGUCUGACCGCCGGCCUCUGUCCUCUCCCAGCGCUCUAGUUCAGUCUUACCCGCUCGGUUCUUAAUCACAGUGAUUGUAAUCAGGCCAGAAUGCCAAGGGGCCAAAUGGCAUCCAAUCUGCAGAAUUGGACAGGCAGCAAAAGGCAGCUUUGGUGCAUUACAAUCACAAAUUGCUGUUGUACAAUAUGUACAUGCACAUUCUGCUAAACUCUUUAGCCCCGUUUUCCGGGGCAGACCAUUGAAAAUCUUUUAUUUGCGCUUAAGUCUUGUGGACAUUGUAAAUCUUAACUGACAGAAGAUAGUCUUAAAGCGGAGCGUGACCUCUGGGCUUCUGCAAUGUGUUUAUCAUUAAGUCUUAAGAGAACAUCCAGUUUAUCUGGAGGUUUUUUUGGCCAGUUACGCAGAGGUUAAGAAGAAAACCCCCCAAAUUGCUUGUAAUGGCACUUAUUUUUCCAAUCGUUCUUCCAGUUUCAUUAUCAUUUGUAACGUAACAUAUACUGUAAGCUGAAUUUCUUUUAUGAAUAAUUUCAAAACUGUAUACAGAAGAUUUGAAUAUGCACAAGGACAAAUCUGCCAUUUUGGGCCAUUUAUUGUUAUUAUUCUUAGAUUGGAUCCUUUUCGAGCACUUGGAAAAAAAUUCAACAUUCAUAGCGACACCAUAAAAAAGCGCGUCCUUUGUAUUGGAAUAGUCAGUCCUGCAGUUCUACCAAAUUAUUCGGUAACACCAGCAGUAGAACAGAUCUCAGACUGUUUCCGUGCGGAAGGACAGCCAAGAAGCAGCUUGCGGUCAGGGCCUCUUGUUUUACGCAUUGGCCCUACCGAAAGCUCCUACAGGGCAUGUGUGCCAUUCACCUCCAUUCACCUGACCUCUGCCCGCCGCAGGCCCUGCCUCAAGGGGCUGCCAUCUGGCUCCCAACUUCGGCCCAUGCCCAAGAGAAGGUACUAGACAAUGGAGACGAGGCCCAUGUGGUUUAUUGUGCUUGCUCUCCAUCAAUGUGCACCGGCCAGAAGCUAGCACGAGGUGCUAGCGAGCAGAUGGAACAAGUUGAUCAAGCUGUGGGGGAUUAUUAAAAUGACUGACGAGUAGGUAUCAUCCGAAAUACAGCAUUAUUAAUGCAUGAGUCCCGCUAUUUUGCCUUUGCCCUUGAACCUGUCUCUUUCAUCGGUAACCCAGAGAUUAGAAUAGACAAGAAAUGUCACAGUGAGGCUGCUGGUCACUGCAUUACCUCCAAAGGUACCAAUGGGUAUUUAGCGCUUAUAUCUCCCAGCAGUCGAAGCAUUUAAUAUGUUACUCAACGCCCCCCUCUUCAAAAAGCAUUUAUUUAAUUCGUAGAAGUUCAGAGCACUAGAAGCUCGUAUUCGUACCUUAAUUUCGUUUUUGUUGUUUUUUAGUUUGUUGUGAUUUUAACAUGAGGUACAAUACUUGGCUGGGUGUCAUCCGCGUUCAGUUUUUUUUCUUCCCUGCUUACAAGCCAACGUUUAUUUUGAAAAGCUGUUAUAUCUGUUUGCUGGUGGAUUGGUUGAUUUGUACGUGAUUUGUACAUAUUUCCUUGACCAUGCCAAGCCAGUUCUUUCGGCUGGUAUUAGACAAAAGAACUGUUGUUGAGACUGAAACUUGAUUGCGCUUGUAUAGAUAAAAAGGAAAAAAGAACAGAAAAAAAGAGACAUUUUCAAUCUCACAAGGAGACAAUGAUUCAAAAGUGUUACAAGCACUGGAUAUAAAUGGUAUUUUUAUCAAUUCUGACUAAUGUGAAGCCGUUGUGCGAGGAAAAAGCCCUACACGAACAAGUCACCUGUUUGGACUCAUGUGUGCACGCCCAACGGUUGCCAGAUUUGAGUCAUUUUUCACUCUACAUAUUUUGUUUAUUUAUGCAAAGACACGUGAUGAAUGAACACUUUGUUUAAGCUCCAGUGCUGCCUAGGGGAGAAAGAGCAGUGUACUCGACGGAGAGACUCGCAUAGUGACUGGCCAACUGAGACACACCGGACUUCAGUAGCACAUUUUAAUGGUCAUGUAUGUUUGUGUUGUAUAUUGUAUUUGAAGCUCUCUAGUGCGUAUAGACAUUUUAUUGUAUUUAUUAGCCAUAAUUGGCUCUAAAAGUGUCAGUAGAACAUAAUUCAAGGACAAUCAGAGAACAAGAAUAAAAACAAGGACAUUUGAAAACGGAUUGGAGCUCAAAACAACGUUUCAUUUAUUUGUAUUACUAUUAUUAUUAUUUGGAAAAAAUUCUCCAUCUCAGUACAGAUUUUUUUCUUUCCUUUGUAAAUAUAACAUAGAAAAAUAGAAUUUUAUUUUUGUUCAUGGAUACUUGCUGAAGUAUAAAUUAAGUGUUUUUCUUUUUU